GUCCGCGCGCAGAACGCGACGCCCUUGCGUAGCAGCUCGCACAGUCUGGUCGUGGCAGCCGUUUGCAAUGCAUCUCUUUCGAAUAUUCGCGCUCCUGAUAGCGGUCCUCGUAACGACUUCAGCCCGCGCUGAAGUCCUCCCCGUACUCGAAGUCUGCUCCGUUUGUCGCUGUCUGGAAGAUGUGGAAGAGUCAACCGUGGCGGUCGAGUGCCUCGGCGAAUCUCUACGCCAUGAUCAGCAGAGGAACAACCGCCUGGAUCUACGUGGCAUCGUGUGGCCGGUGGCGAAGGAUCGCAACGGGACGCUGAAGGUGCGCGCGUACUUCGCCGACCUGGAGCUGCACUAUUUGCCCAAACUUCCUACCAGCACCAGCUUGAUCGAGCUGCAUUUCGAGAACGACUCGAUCAAAUCUCUCCUCACGGAACCUUUCGACAACUUCAAGAACUUGGAAGUCCUCUCCAUUACCAACAAUGCCCUUGCUUCACUCGAUAAAGACUUCUUCACCGCUCCCAACACCCUCCUGAAGCUGGACCUCUCCAACAACUCCCUAACCGCGGUAACGGCGCUAGAACGCGCGCACUUCCAAGCACUCGAGUCGAUCGACUUAUCGCACAACAAGCUAAAGGCCGUCUCGCAUCAGCUGGUGCGCGCCCUGGAGUCCGUAAGCCUCGUCCGGCUAGAGGCGUGCGAUAUCUACAACUGGGACAGCGGCGAUCGACCCACGCGCUGGCAAGUGCUCAAUCUCAACCGGAACAAGCUGACCGUCGUUUCGGCGACCACGUUUGCCUCGUUGGAACGGCUGGAAGCGCUCUAUCUGGCUUACAACGAAAUUCAACACAUUGAUCCUCAGGCGUUUGAGGGGUUGAAGCUGUUGGAACGGCUAGAUCUGUCGUACAAUCACGUGACCAAUCUGGAGGCUAAUCUGGUCCUUCCGGAAGCCCUGACGAUGGUCAACGUCGCCGGGAACGGCAUGGAACGGUGGCCAUUUGACAAAAUUUCCCAAAACCUCAGAAUCCUGGAGAUUCAGAACAACGCCAUAACCGAUUUGAGCACCGGCCAGCAAGUUUCCGUGAUCAUCCUGAACGCCAGCAACAAUCGAUUGGACACAUUUGCCGGAGAUUCAUUCCCCGAGGUGACCGAACUGGAUUUGUCGUUCAACGCGUUGACGGACGUUCCGCGCAACUUGGGCAAACAGUUGCGCACGUUGGUGCUCGAUGGUAAUCCCAUGCAGAAGGUGUUCUUCGAGACGGAAGUGCCGCUGAGUUUGCUGUCGCUGAAUUCUAUGCCGGAGCUGACCGAUUUGGAUGCGUUUAGCUUUUGGAAGCUGGUGGGAGCUGAGUCGGAAAAGGAGCAGGACUGCGUUGAGAUUCGGAUCUCAAACUGUCCCAAGCUGCGGCAUAUCGAUGCGAAGGCCUUUGAAGAGACGUCCAUUUGUAAGCUCGACCUCAGCUACAACCAACUGACCUCGAUCCCGCAAACCCUCGUCAACUGGGACGACCUGCACGGUGGCAUUAACCUCCAGGGCAACCCGUUGAACUGUGACUGCACCGAACAGUGGCUCGUGGACGUCAUCCUGCCCAAACUCUACGACCAGGAAGACUUACAAUACCUACUGGACGACUUGCGCUGUGCAUCGCCAGCGAAUCGAGCUGGAAAACGACUCGUCAAGUAUUUGAACCAUCGUGAUGCGUUCUGCGGCGGCGGCGGAUCGAGUAGUGGUGGUCCUCGGAUGGAACGCUUGCAGAUGGAGUCCGGUUCGAGGAGGCCGUCGGCGGCGAUUGCGGUGGACAGUUCGGACGAGAUUGCGCAGGCUGGCUUUUUGUCGCGGAUUAUUUGCUCCGUCGAUGAUCCGGACUGCUUGCACGCCCACGAGGGGCACGGGUUGGUGGCGCUAGGCGUCAUUGUGGCCGUUACCUUAAUCUUAGCGAUAACGAUGGUUGUAAUUUUGGUGGUUCGAAGGUUACGACCGAAUCCGCCGGUGUCGUCUGAUGGGGUGUGGUUGAUGCGUAGCAAGUAUUGAAUAAUAAUUAAGAGAAAAACAUA